GUUCUGAUACGGUUUAUUUCAAGCUAAAUGAGUCGAUUUACUAGAGUUGCUUGUCACGGCACAGUUCUGUUAGGUGUUUGCCUGGUGUGUGAUUGCCAAGAUGUAAACUUUGACUCGGUACCGUUGCGCUAAACUCUUCAUCUGGAGCCUGGAGGGAAGGUAAACUGGAUCUGAGAGACGCCCCACUUUUUCAGAUCAGUGUUGCGAUGCAGUGUUUUGGAUGUGAAGGGAAAAGUUGGCAGAGUCAUCCACGGUGUCGGCGACAAAAUGACAUAGAUAUGCCAGACUGUUCAGUUUAAAAGGAGGAGGAAAUAUUCACCUCACUGGAAUGGUUUGCGUAAAAGGCGCAAAACACGGAACUUCAGAGCGGAGUUAUGGAUCAUUUAUCCAAACAAAGUCUCUUUGUAGCAGUCUACAAUUAAACUUACCUUUUUAAAGACUGAUGGAAGUUGACAACUGCGUCGAAAACCAACUACAUUCAUGUCCGAGGGAUUUCGUUAAACCAAUGAGUUUAGUCAUGGAUGACCAUGGAUCCCAGCCACAUCCACGGAGCUCUGGUCUGAGGGUGUCGACCAAAAGCAAAGCACCAUCCCCGCCUGGACUAAAAAAGCUGGAUUCCCCGGGUUUCUCCCAGUGGUACCCAGGAAACCCUCAUUUAGCCAUGGACCAGAAGGAAAACCUUAUUGAUAAAGACCUCUCUCUGGUCGUGGUUCUGCCGGGCGGCGUAGAGGAGAUGACCACAGUCCAUGGAAGCAAACCCCUAAUGGAUCUACUAGUGACGCUUUGUGCAAAGUAUCACCUGAACCCAUCAAGCCACACCUUAGAGCUGGUCACUGCCAAAAAGAACCACAGCAAACUCAAGCCCAACGCUCUCAUAGGAACUUUGGAUGCAGAGAAGAUCAUACUUAAAGCUAAAGGGGAUGAUAAAAAUAAGAAGACAGGUCCUCAGAUGCCCGAGGCAACUGUUCGGAUGGUGAUAAACUAUAAAAAGACCCAGAAAACUAUACUACGAGUCAAUCCUCGAGUGCCCCUAGCUGAACACUUACCAGCCAUCUGUGAGAAAUGUGAAUUUGACGUGGAGUCUACAGUUUUAUUGAGAGAUGUCCAAUCACUGGCCCCUCUGGACCUGUCCUGCUCUCUUAAUGAUUAUGCAAUCAGGGAGAUUUAUGCAAGAGACACUAGAGGACCACCUGCCUCUCCUGUGAGUCCAGCCUCACCAACACAUGCAGGAACGGUCACACCGGGGAAAGAUAAAAAUCAGAAAGAGAAAGAAAACAAAGGCCUCUUCAGCAAGUUUCGAAAAAGCAAGAAAAAAUCUGACCAGGCAACGACAGCCAGUGCCCCAGCUUCUCCUGUUCUUGUGAGCAAGCCUCGACCUCUCAGCAUGGCCUUACCUAGCUCCAACUCGUCUCCGUUCGGCUCCCCUACGCUGUCCAUCGAUGCGCCAAAGAAGAGACGUGCACCCCAGCCCCCAAUCCUUGUGUCACAGAGCUGCUCCUCGGACAUCAGUACUCGUCGGAGGAUCCAGUCUGAACCUGGUACCCAACUGGACAGAGACCAGAUGGCUGGUUUAAGUCGUGGGUCCUCAGCAGAGUCUUCACUGAAGAGAACCAAACGCAAAGCUCCUCCACCCCCAAUGUCCCCUAGUGCUGUUGUCCAGGAAACAGCUUCUCUGGAUGAAAAUUUGCAAGGAGGUGCAGCUGCUAACACACUGGAGGAGAUCAUGGAGCAAGAGGAGAGUGCUGCCUCUGUAAUGUCUGCAACUGCUAGUGAAACCCAGGGAGAGGACAGCAGCCUCAACAUGUCUGUUGAUGUCUCGGUGCACUCCCCGUCCCCAGAUACUGAGAUACUGAGCACAAAGUCAGAGGAGAGAAAUGGGGAAGAUCAGACAUGUGAUCUGUCCUCAGAUGGCAAUCAACUGCAGAGUACGGUAAUUGAUGCUGCAACUCUGAGUGUUGUGAGGACGAUGGAUGACACAGGCUCAUCUGAAACGGCAGAUGCUGACAGUGGUCCAUGUCCAGUUGAAAAUGUACCCCAACACUCAAUCUGUGAAGAGGCUACACCUCAAAGUGUAGAUUGCAGUGCUGUAUCCAGCAUCCUCCCUCCACCUGUAGCCCAGGCCUCCAUUCAGGCAAACACUGAAACCCUCCGGGAGCAAACUGACAGGUUGGAGAGCCCGAUGGCCACAAGCACAUCAUGCCCCACUGGAGAGGACGCUCAAGUGCAAACAGAUUUCACACCCUCACCUGUGUCUCUGCAACAACACAUGGAUAAAGUCCCGUCCUCAGCUAAUGUGCCUGCCGUUGAAUCACCUGGGAAGAAAGAUAUGGCCACAGCAACGGAGGAACUGGAUGCGCCAGACCUCAGAAAUGCCUUAUCCCACACCUCGGAGACCUCGUCGUGCCAAGACUCCACAGCAAGUGCUCCUGCGACAACAAAGGCGCCGUCUAUUUAUGCCACAAACUCUGAGCCAAAGCCGAAGCCUUCCAACGAGCUGACAAGGGACUACAUCCCCAAGGUGGGGAUGACAACGUAUACUAUCGUGCCUCAGAAAUCUCUGGAGAAACUGAGAUAUUUUGAAGUUGCACUGACGCUGGAGCCACCUCCUGCAGCUCCAGAAGACGGACUUAAUAUCGGUUCUCUUCAGUUGGAGGACAGCACAGCAGUGGGGGAACAGACAGAGAUCUCAAAGGAAAAAAGUGAGCUGCACUCUACUGUACCCAGGGAAGAUUUACUGACUAGCACUACUACUACAACUCAAGACACUGUUAAUGGAAGUAUACCUGAAUCCAUUCAUUCCUCGUCACCAACAAGUUUACCUAACACAGAUGAAAAGAUCCCAACCUCACCUAAUGGGGCAUCUCAAGCAGGUUCACCUGCACAGGUCAAGGAGAUGAAAAUUCCACCCGCAACUAAACCUAAGCCCGGCUCUUUCCGCUUGGCACAGCACAAAAAAACACCUGGGUAUUAUGUAACCUCCGCAGCAGAAAAAAGUCUCAGCGCCAGUCCUGGCUCUGACCAGAGAGAGGCUCAAGGAAGUGCAGAGAGAGCAAAGUUACCACCCCCUCCCCUUCCUCCGCCUGUGCAGUGUCAAGAGGAGGCAACAGGGGCCGCUAAUGUUGGGCUGAGCCCAAAGGGGGAAGACAAGCAUGUAGCCUUCCAGCGAAUGACAAGGCAAAGUAGUUUGUCUAAAGAGCCAAGCGUGGGGUUAAGUUUGGAAAAAUUAAGGAGCUUUGCCGCUCCAAGGCCCUAUUCUCCUGUUACUCCAUCCCGCUUUGCCCAGGCAGUGUCCUCUGCUGUGAAAAGGAGCAACUCCUUAUCCACAUGGCCAAAGUCGUCUCAGUCUCAGUCGCCUCAGUCGCCGGUUUCGCCACCUGUCUCCCCAAUCAGUCGCUCAUCAGUCACAGAUUCAGAAGGAUUAUCUGAGCUCAAGGACAGUGAAAACAGAGAGGUUGAUGGUGACAAGGGCUCCAUUCUGCAGGGAGUAGGGGAUAAACCACCAUCUUUUAGUGGGAUUGUUCAAGUGGAAGGAGAGAGCAGUCCAUAGCAGUGCCUUAAUUCUUCUGACAAUACAUCAUCUACUGAGGAGCUUAUCCUGUCUACUUUGAGUUCUCCACAACCCUUUAUCCCAUGACACAGACGCAGGAACUGUCUUUUGUUUUACCUCUUUUGGUAGUCUCCAGCAGUGUACAUAAAAUUAUGUAUUUUGAUAAUUAAUAAUUGCUGUAUUUUGGUUUAUUUUCUCACACGACGUUAAGUAAUAUCCCUGGCGCUGACAUGCACAUUUUAAUGCUUCUCUUUUAUUUUGUGUGAUGACUAUCUUGCAUUUGAUGCAUCACUGUUGAACAAGAAAUGAGAACAAUUCUAUAAAUUAUUAGAAAGUGUAUUAUCCAAAUAAUACUGGAUGUGUAGGGCAGACCAGGUCUGACCUAUGGUACUCAAAUGCUCCUUAGAUUAUACGUAAAAAUCUAUAUUUAAGUAUUACAGAGUUUUGAUUAAGCUGCAGAAAUACACUGGUGUGCUCAGCACACAAUGUUCUUGUCAAGCAGUGUUGUUAUGAAUAAAGCUUUUAUCAUUUCA